UGAGGGAUUGGGAGGUUGCUGGGAAAAGAUGGCAGCUCCCUUUUGUUUGUGCGGAUUUGUUUACUUCAAGAAGGGCUUUAACUAGACUUAUCUGCGUUUACGCCUCUCUAUAUAUCGUGUUAAAGCCUCCAUGAUUAUUGGACUAACUUUUAAACCACAAAAACAUGGAGAAAAGUGGGAGUAUUGACAGUUUGGGCUCGAGGCGCUCCUCUUCACGUCAGCCCAGCGUUGAUUCAUUAUCUAGUUCUUCUACGUCCCGCUCUGAUCGUUCUGCCCACGUAAAGCCCACCUCGUCUGAGUCCACAUCCACCGAGUUUUCCCCAGAGCUCAGGGUGAAACCCAAAGCUACAAAGCACAUCCCAAGAGAGUCAGACAAACAGGAGCCACAGCUUCUUCCAAAUGAAACCGUUCAAGACGUGGCAAAAGAUGUCACCUACUUCUGCCCAUUCAUUGGAGCCAUAAGGGGAACCGUGAUGGUCACCAACUACAGAUUGUUCUUUAAGUGCAUGGACAGAGAACCUGCAUUUGUGUUGGACCUGCCUCUGGGUGUAGUGAGUCGAGUGGAGAAGAUUGGUAAUGCCUCAACCCGUGGGGAUGUUUCAUAUGGGAUUGUAUGCAAGGAUAUGCGUAAUCUCCGAUUUGCACACAAGCAGAUGGAUGACACUCUCAGGAAGUCAGUUUUUGAGGUGCUGAUGAAAUUUGCGUUUCCUGUUUCCAAUGGAGUACAAAUAUUUGCUCUUCAAUAUCGACAAGUGUUUCCUGAAAAUGGAUGGAAGGUGUAUGAUGCUCUUGCUGAGUAUAAAAGACAGGGUAUUCCUAAUGAAAGCUGGAGAAUAACAAAAGUAAAUGACCACUAUGAACUCUGCGACACCUAUCCAUCAACACUAGCAGUGCCUGUCAACAUGCCAGAUGAGGAACUGAAAAGGGUAGCAGCCUUCAGGGCUAAAGGAAGAAUUCCUGUUUUGUCUUGGAUUCAUCCAGAGAGUCAGGCUACAAUCACACGUUGCAGUCAGCCUAUGGUUGGUGUGAAUGGCAAACGCAGUAAAGAAGAUGAGAAGUAUCUCCAAGCCAUAAUGGAUGCGAAUGCCCAGUCUCAUAAGCUCUUCAUUUUUGAUGCCCGGCCCAGUGUCAACGCUGCUGCCAACAAGAUGAAAGGUGGAGGAUAUGAAAGUGAGGAUGCUUACCAGAACGCUGAACUUGUCUUUUUAGACAUUCACAAUAUUCACGUUAUGAGAGAGUCCCUUCGUAAACUUAAGGACGUGGUUUAUCCGAACAUUGAGGACUCCCACUGGCUUUCCAAUCUGGAGUCUACUCACUGGCUUGAACACAUCAAGCUAAUAAUGGCAGGAGCAUUGCGAAUAGCUGAUAAAGUUGAAUCUGGAAAAACGUCAGUAGUGGUUCACUGUAGCGAUGGAUGGGACCGCACAGGUCAACUCACAUCUUUGGCCAUGCUGAUGCUUGAUGGCUAUUAUCGCACUAUCCGUGGUUUUGAGGUGCUGCUUGAAAAAGAGUGGCUCAGCUUUGGUCAUCGUUUUCAGACGCGCAUUGGUCAUGGAGAUAAAAACCACACUGAUGCCGACCGCUCACCUGUUUUUAUCCAGUUUAUUGACUGUGUUUGGCAGCUGACUCGACAGUUUCCUGCAGCUUUUGAGUAUAAUGAAUAUUUCCUGGUGACUAUCUUGGAUCAUCUGUAUAGCUGUCUUUUUGGUACAUUUUUGUGCAACAGUGAACAACAGAGAAUGAAGGAAGAGAUUCCUAAGAGAACUGUGUCCUUGUGGUCAUAUGUAAACAGCCAACUGGAUGAUUUCACUAAUCCACUUUAUGUGAACUACUCCAAUCAUGUGUUGUUCCCUGUUGUCAGCCUGCGCCACCUAGAGCUUUGGGUUGGUUACUACAUCCGUUGGAAUCCUCGGAUGAGACCUCAGGAACCGGUCCAUCAGCGCUACAAGGAGCUGUUGGUAAAGCGUGCUGAACUGCAGAGGCGGGUUGAGGAGCUUCAACGUGAAGUGACCAAUCGUUCUGCUUCAUCCUCCGAACGAGCUGGGUCUCCCACACGCUCCAUCACACCUGUGCAGACUUUUGUUUGACAGCACGUGAUCCUCAGGACUGGGUUUAAUUCUAAAUGUAGAAAGUGCUGCAAUAACAAGUUGCAUUACACCACAUGUGGCAUUGCAUUAGUUAAACAUGAGUUUACAACAGGAUUAACCAUGUCUCAGAGCCAUAUUGCACGUGGUGAUACAACUGCAUCUAAUAAGAUUUUAACCAGUAUUAGUUUUUGAAAAAUUAUUAUAUAUUGAAUUGUAUAACAGUAGAUGCCUUAUUGCAUUCCUCUAAAUUGCUAAUAGGUGUUAUUUAUAAGUCAAAGCAAAUUAAUUUGCUCAUUUCCACAGCAUUUACAGUAACAUGUUUUAGAUUAAAGAUUAAGGUGAUAUAGGCAUUGUGUAAGAUCUAAUGGAUAUCAUAAGAUGUAGUCAAGUGACCAAAUACAGUGUGCCUAGUUUCAGACAGGACAUUCAGUUUUGUUUUAUUUUUUUGUAGAGGCCUUUUCAUAGUGAUGCUAGUUGCCCUCUGGCUGUUUAUAGCAUUCAAACUACAUCUGCAAAGAAUGUAAUUUCUACCUUCUGUUUUUUUUUAAGUUAUAGCUUCUGUUUGUUUUUAACUAUGCAACAGUGCAAGUGUCUUUACAAGAAAUUAGUAAAUAGUCUACUGAAUGUAGAUUAGCAGUGCCUUAAAUGCUAAAUUAAAAAAAAAAUACUGAAACCUCCUAUUGACUGUUUCUAUGUCAAAUGUAACGGUAAACCAAAGACAUGAAAAAGCAAAUGUGUAUGGUACCAACCACUUUAUUAAAGUUUGAAGUUGAA